AUGUACUUUUUAUAGAAAGAGAAGAAAGCUAAAAUUGAAAGAUAAGCCUAAAUGCUCGAGAAAGAGCUCUAGUAGCUAGCUUCAAGAAAAGUUAAAGAUGAAAACUUAGCUAGCAGUUUUUCAAAGCCACCAGUAAGCAGAACAAAACCAAACACCCUAACUGCUAUUCCUUAUUUAAAAAACAACACAAGCCAGAAGGAGCAAUAAGUAAUAGGUUCAAUGAAAAAUGUUCUAAAACCUUCAAACAACAAUAAUACAGUGUCUUAAGGGCGCAGAGAAUCUUCAUUGAAUUCUGUGAGAAAUUCUAGAUAAAUUACUUAAGACAAAGAGAAUGUAAAAAAAGUAAUGAUAGAUUCAAGUAAGAUCACUACAACUAAUAUAUAAUAAGGAAGUCUAUCACCUAUUACUUAAACUUAAAAUUCUAUAAAUUAACUUGAAAAUUAUACAUUAGGUCCUGUUAUAGGAACGGGAAGCUAUGCGACUGUAAAACUAGGUGUAGAUAAAGUUAACAAUAUUAAAGUUGCAGUGAAGCUAUACGAAAAAUUUAAACUAUUUGAUCCCUAAAAGAAGAAAAAUGUCCAAAGAGAGAUUUAAAUAUUGUAGAAGCUAGAUCAUAGCCACUGUAUAAAAUUAUUUAAAACAAUAGAUACUCCAAAGCAUAUUAACUUAGUAAUGGAAUAUGUAGGAUCAAGCUCACUUCAUUCAUACCUGAAACUGCAUACUGGAAGAAAACUACCUGAAAAUGAAGCAAAGAGGAUAUUUAAAUAAUUAAUUUUAGGCUUAGAGUAUCUGCAUUCUAAAAAUGUUGUACAUAGAGAUAUCAAACUUGAAAAUAUAUUACUUGAUAAAUAAAAUAAUGUUAAAAUUAUUGAUUUUGGAUUUUCCAUAAUUAUUCCACCUGAAAAAAAGUUAUCUAUUUUUUGUGGAACCCCAAGUUAUAUGGCACCUGAAAUAGUAGCUAAAAAAGAAUAUUACGGAUAGCCAGUAGAUAUUUGGGCAGCUGGUAUUCUUUUGUAUGUUAUGUUGUGUGGUACUUUUCCUUUUAGAGGUAUAGAUGAUAAAACACUUUUCAAAGAGAUAUAAAGAGGAGAAGCCAAAUUCCCACCUCAUGUUUCUACAGGAGCAAAAUAUUUAAUAUAAAAAAUACUAAACACAAAUAACAACGAAAGAAUAAAUGCAACAUCAAUAUUAAAAGACACCUGGCUAUCUCCAAUGGAUAUAUCAAACCAAAUAGAAAACUUAAAAAAAUAUGGCUCGCUUAAAAACUGA